UGCCUCGGUGGAAACUAGACCAGUGAGCGGUCGCGCAUCUGGAUGCACCCAUUGCCUGUACUUUUCCUUGUGCAAUAAGCUUUAAUCGUUGAUAAAAUUUAUCUGGUUAAAGUAGCUCUAUUAUUCAGCAUCUAUCAGUAUAUUUCUAUCUGUUUCUAUCAUUUAUCAACGAAGAUUAGCAGAAGAUAUUGCUGUUGCCAUUAUAUUCUUUUUCAAAAAUGGCUACUGCUGAUGAUGACACAAUAAUAGAUCAAACUUUGUCAGACAGAUUGUUGGAGAAGGGACGAAAGUCACCAUUUCUGAUUGCAAGUUUGAUAAGUUUAGCGGGAAUCUGUGGCUACGGUGCCUAUUCUUUUAGGAAGCGAAAGAUAUCUACACAGUUAUAUUUAAUACAACUUCGAGUUGCUGCACAAGGAACAGCAAUAGCUUGCUUGACAAUAGGAAUGGGAUAUCACAUGAUAAAGAAGCACAUUUUGCACGAUGAGAAUGAACCGUGAUGCUGAAUGUCAUGUUAAUAGCUUGAUUAUUUAUUAAAAUAACUUAGCAGAAAUGUAAAAAAUAUGUAGUAAUGAUUUAUGAAAAAAUGUAACAUAUGAAAUUUAUUUUACUACAAGUUUCACUGAUAUAAAUUCUGUUUCUAGUAACACAUGUUCCAGUAACACCUCUCAAUAAAGCCCAGUUAAUUCUCUA